AUGGCCGCCCCCCAGAAAACCUCCAAAAAGCUAUUCCAUCCAGUGCCCGAUUCACUGACCAUGGCCACCAUCAAGGAACUCUUGGAAACACCCCUUGGCUCCCAUGAUGCCUGUCAUGUACUCAAAGACGUCAUGGAAAUCGAACACGGUCCUUCGCUUGCGCGCCAGUUGAUGGAAAAAUGGAAUAUGUGUCGCAACGUUCAGACAUGCAAAGAUAUCAUCGAAAGCGGAGAUAGUUCCUACAAGCUGUGCCUGCACGAAAUUUCCAACUGCGCUGAAUGCCACCAAUUCUUUUUUGACACGAAUAAGCCAGCCGACAUGGCGACCUUUUGCUUCAUACGCAAAGCAGAGGAUAUGAAGCAAAAGGAUCGCCUACUCUUUGAAACGACAUUGCAAGAUCUCCUUCCACGCUGUACAUGGAACUCACAAUGGUUCCGCACCUGCUGGGACCAUAUUCAAAAGUUUCCAGAGAUGAAGCUACCGCGUCUAGAUCAAGCUCAAAUUCAUCAAAUUUGCAAAUUUGUCGAUCCCGAUCUAGCGGACCAACUGUUUAAAAGAGGUGUCUACCUAGGCGGUCUUGGCGAAGGAGAAUUUUCUAGCCUGAACGGAGUUAUGCAUCAAGAGAGCCCAUGGCCUAUGUAUAAUUGGCUUUUCAAAGACUCUGAUAGCACUUUUGAAGAAAAGUUAACUGCCAUUGCCCUCCAAGGUUAUCAGCCUAAAAGUUUGGCGGUCUGGCGCAACGCUGCAAUCGCAGCAGCUUCUUCAAACCGCACUGCCAGCCUCCAAAUAUUUGAUUCCAUCAUGCAUAACCCCCCUUUGGAAAUACCGGAGGAGACAGGCUUCAGAACCCGGCUUUUGCUCCUGAUUCUGACGAACGCAUUUCAGCGGAAUCCUGGUUUAGUCUUAGAUUCGAUCCAUUUAAGCUUGGCCAGCGGAACAGAAGCCGUGUUGCCCACGGAAUAUGAGAUGGCAACCAUUCAAAAAGUUCAAAGCAUUGGCGCUAAUGCAUUUGAAAGACUCGGUCUUCAGGACUUCGAUUCUUUGAGACCAAGAAUGAGGGAAGCAGGACUCUAUGAACUCGAAAGAGUGCUAGCAAACCUUUUUGAGGCUAGCCGCCUGUUUUAG